AUGGCAUCAAAGGACCCUUCGAACCCAGAAAGACGAGAUUCCUCCUCUCAACGCAAGAAUGCCCGCCCCUCGCUGGCCGACAAUCCUUACCAUCCCAAUUCAGCCGCAUAUCUCGCAUACCCGGUCAAACACGUUGUAUCCAGCCUCUAUCGACGUAUGACCGAACCUCCCGAGAUCCCUGUCAACAGACUCCUCGAUGCGCCCGCCAUUGCCACCUCCUCGUCUGGUGGAUAUACUCCUCCAAGAAGAACUGCGUCUCCCUUCCAACCUCCACCCCUCACCCCUCUUGAACUGAGGUCUUCAUUGUCCCAGAAAGCCGCAGGCUCGUUGCUCCUGACACGCUCACUGGCCGAAGAAAUUCGACUUCUCCUCCCUCCAAGGCUUCAACUCAUUGACCACUGGACGUUGGCAUAUUCACUAGAAGCUCAUGGUUCCUCGUUGGCGACCUUGUACGAACACUGUGCCCAUGUUUCGACCUACACUCAACGCUCAGGCUAUGUCCUUGUAGUAAGAGACGGAUCGGCGUCGUCAACCAAUGGGUCUGUCUUUGGUGCGUAUCUCUCGGACGUGCCCAAACCCUCCCUUCAUUACUUUGGCACUGGCGAAUGUUUUCUUUGGCGGGCAAGUAUAUUGCCCACGUUGCGGGACCUGUCUACAAACUUGCGCCUUGGUGCAGAGCCUGCUUCAAACGACUUGCUGGAGUUGGCUGGGCUGCCACCUCCCCCCAGUGCUGAUACCACCCACCUGCAACGAUUUACCACUAUCCGUGGGGAGCGUCGGACACCCUCGACAUCAACCACCUCGCUACCGCAACCGUCCAACACCACAGGACCAUCCGCACACCUACAGUCAGCUGUUGAUCGCUCAGGUGCUUCAACACCCGACCGAAUUAGGUUCAAAGCAUUUCCUUACAGUGGUGUGAAUGAUUUCUUGAUCUACUGUGAAUCGGGAUAUCUUUCCGUCGGUGGCGGGGAUGGGCAUUAUGGCUUGUGGUUGGACGAUGAGUUGAAUAGUGGUAUCAGCGAAGCAUGUCCCACGUUUGGGAACGAACCACUAAGCGAAGAGGGCCGACGAUUUGACGUUCUCGGUGUAGAGGUGUGGUAUGUCGGUGCAUGA